AUUGAUUCCGGAUCCCAAUGAUUGUCUCUGUCUCCUUCUCUUCGUAGUUGUCAACAUCUACCGUAGUUUGGUCCUCACACCGUUUGAAAAACUAGGCUUUGCGCUUCAAUAAGCUCGUUGAGUGAUUGCCUAUGCCCCUAUUCUCCUUAGCAACGUCUUAGUUGUUUCGUGGUGCUUCUGUGCAAACUCGUUAGUUUUGUAGCCACUCACAGCACGUGCUUCCCACAAUUUUAUAGUCGCUCCCGAUUCCGCGUCAUAGCUUCUGAUCAUGGCAUCCGCAUCAGCGAAACGCGGGACUCGGAGACCCGGCAGGCUGCACAACAAGCUCUCCUUCGCCUCCCACUUCAACGAUGAAAACGCCUCUCCAUUCCCCCUACCUCUCUCGAAACCCUCCCCUACCCUUCUGGCUGACGUCACCACUCCCGCGCUUCCGCUGCCCGUGGAAACCGUUACCGACAGCGAGGAGGUGCACCCGGUCGGCCUGGCGGCCGUCACGCAAUGGUUCGACGGUUCCGUCAAGCCGGGCAACCCUCAAACCGGCAGAUCCGCCGUCCGAUCCGCGCUACAGGAUUUUUCAGACAAUUCCUUCUUUUCCUUCCCGUCGGGGAAAUCAGCAGCCAUGUCCGUGCUCGGGGUGAGAAGCGUUAAUGAGAAUAACCGGCGGAACAGCGCCGUGCCUGCACCUUCGGUCCCUCAGGAAAGCACUCAAUCCUUAGUCGAGGUCCUGCCGCCGAACACGCUCAAGGCGACGGAGCUCAUGCCCUCGGUUCCUAUCGUGCCGCCUCGUCUCUCCGCGUCCGUCCGUCAGUCCAUCUCCGGCGCUCCCCCUUUUCUCGGAAACUACACCAGUUCUUCUGCCGGCGGCCUCGGUUCCGCGCCGUCAUCUCGACGGACGUCGUUAAGCUUCGCCGGCAGUCUUGACGGCAGCGUCUCCUCGUCGUCCGCAGCCUUGGCGUUUCCGCCCCCGCCGUGGACCGGCCAGCGGCGGAUCUCCGCCCUGGCGGAAAGCGCGGGGGAUUUUUCCGCCAUGCUGCCGGACGAGCGGGAGUUUCUUGUGGACGUGGCGGAGUUUCACGGGCUCCCCGUGCGCGCAUCCCUGCAGUCUCUACCGCCCUUGGCGGAAAGUUAUCCGCCACAGGCUCGACAAGCGGGAGGCGCAGGGAAGCGAAUGAGCCUGGCGUGGAUGUCGCUUGACGGAAAAGUGCAGAACGUGGAGGCGUUGACGGAAAUCGUUGGAGCUAGCGGAAUGUUGACGGAGAAUGAGCGACAUGCUUGGCUUAGCAUCCCGGCCGUUUACCGCGCGUUGAUCCUCGCGAUGACGUGGAAAUCCGUAUCGACGGCCAGGAUGCAGAUGAAGCGGGAGUUCGCGCGAAUCCGCAAGUUGAUCCGCGCCAAGGACAUGGAAGCGCGCUCGUUGCGGAAGAAGAUCGUCGCCUUGCGAUCGCAGCCGCCCAGAUCCGUCGUGUCGUCGCCUGUCGCCAGCCCGUCGUCGGGCGUCGCACGCGUCGCAGAAGGUGGUCCGAGUCCCGCGAGAGCGAGCGAAGAAGAAUCGCAGGUGCAGCAGCUACUGCAGGCGAAGGAUGAAGAGUUGAAACGGCUGGAGGAACAGAUGAAACGCGCCGAGGAGGAACGGGACGAGAUGGGUGGGAAGAUGAAACGGGCUGCCGAGGAGGUGAAACGGAUGGAGGAGCAGCUGAAAGAUAGAGAGGAAUGUAUGCGCGAGGAGAUGAAACGUGCCGAUGAGGGGAGGGAACUGGCGGUGAGGGAGAUGAAACGCAUGGAGGCGGAAAUGAAACGGAUGGCGGAGGAGAUGAAACGCGCGGAGGAACGGUGCGGGGAGGUUGAGGCGUCACGAGUCGCGACGCAGGAGGCCCUAAAUGCCGCCGUGGAGUCGAAUUCCGCGCUCAGGGACAUGAUGGCGCUGCAGGCGGCGCACAUUGCGGAGCUGAAGGCGCUCAUUCUCGGUCAGACCGAGGCCAUUCAGGGGCUGACGCGUGGCAGCGCGCCACUGGACGGUGCAGAUGCGGGAAAGCCAGCACGGGGAGAAGGGGAGGGAGAGGGAGAGGAAGAGACGGAGGAGGAGGAGAAGGCAGGGGAUGCGAGGAAGGCGGGCAUGGAAGAGUUGAUGGAGAUGCUAUCCCACCAGUCCGCGGAGAUCUCCGCCCUCAGCCGCGCGGUGCAGGCCUCUACCUCCUCCCUCUGCCCCCGCUCCCCCUCGCCCUCCGCUUCCCCGUCUGCUUCCCCCGAGCCCGACACCCCCCUCGCGGCCAAACCCCUUGAAGCCGCAGGGGGAGGUGCAGGCGGGAGCGCAGGGGCAGGGGGACCCGGGGAGCCGGGGCUGUGGCGGAUGGGGCUCCCCCUGCUGGGGUCGCCCUUGGGAUGUACGCCGUCUCCCCCCGGCAGAGGGGAGAUGAGGGUGGUUGCGCGGAUCAGGGGGAACGUGUAUGGCGCAGUGCCCAAGUAUGGGGGCGCGGGGAUGGAUGGUGUGUGUGGGGGGGAGGGGAGCAGCAGCAGCAGCUACAGUGUCAAUGGGGCUGCGCCGGUGGUUGCGGAAAGAAAGGCGUCGAUGGGGAUAGGCAGGAAUGGCGGAGGUACGUCUCUUGUGCCACCGCUGACCCUGCAGCAAGGCCCUGGCCCUGUUGACCCUGUUGACCCCGUUGACCCCGUUGGUCCCGUUGACCCCGUUGACUGCGCUGGUGGGCCUUCAGGUGCUGCGGGGGCUGGAGAAGGGAAGGGUGGCAGUGGUGGUGCGGAAGGGGAGAGAGAGAAUGGGGAGGUGUUGAGGGAGGGGGGAGAGGAGGAGCAUGAGGGGGAGGAGGGGCACGAGGGGGAGGAGUACGAGGAGGCGCAGCAGUUCUUCUCUGCGCCUGCCACGCCCUUCUCGUCCGUGCCUUCCACCCCCACCGCUGCCGCUGCCGCUGCUGCUGCUGUCGUGGGUGCUAGGAGUGUCUUUUCCAUGGCAAAGGACACACAUGCAGCGGAGGGGGAGGAAGCGAAGGAAAAUGAAGAGGAGCAGCAGGAGCAGCAGCAGCAGGAGCAGCGGCAGCAGGAGCAGCAGCAGCAGAAGGCGAAGCAGCAGCAGGGGUUGAAGGAGAGUGGGAAGGGGAGGGCGAGCGAUGCAAGUGGGAGCAUGUUCCGAGUGGGGGGCAUCUUCGACCAGGGGACUGUCACCAGCAGCACUGCCAGGGCAGAAAAGGCUCGGAAGGUUGCCAAGCCAAAGUCAGCUCUGGUAGCACCAGGCUCGACAUCAAGCAGCAGGCUCGGAAGGCUGGUUCGGGCCGAGUCUCAGCCGCAAGGGCGAGUGGCGAGCAGGAAGCUGUCCAUGGAGUGCGGCGGGGGGAGGGGAGGGGGGGAGGGGGACAGGGGGGGAGUGCGUAGGGGGAGUGUGCUGGAAGGAGGGAUGGUGAGGAGCAGGAGUGAGAGAACCCCGUAUACCCCUCCCCAUGCUCCCCCCAACACUCCUGAUGCGUCCGGUGCUCGUCUGCAAGGGAGUGGUAAGGCGGGGGGAGUGGGAGAGGGGCUGGAGGGACGCGCGUUGAGGGAGAGCGGGAGAGCCAACAGCAGGGACGGGGAGGGCAGGAGCGCGCAAGGCAAGGGCGUGCAGAGUGCGUCCAAGCAGAGGUGGAAGUAUUGAGGAAGCAUGCUGGCGUAAACAAGGGCGUGCACACUUACCAGGGAGUAGAGAGGCACAAGGCGAGAAAGAGGGUGGGAACUGAAGUCAGGGAGGGGUACAGGUGGCAGGUGUAGUUGGGCGAGAUUGGUGUGCAGAUGUAGUUGGGCGAGAUUGGUAUGGAGGUAAAGUGUGGCUUGUGGCUAGUGUGUGGGGGUGAGCAAGUAUGGCUGAGGUGAGGGAUGGGUGCUGGUCGGGUACCGGUGAAGUGGUGGAGGGGAGAGGCAGUGAGGAGCAGUAUAGCAUACGGUACUGGUAACAUCAGGUGCAUAGCAUAAGGUGCAUAUAGUUUUAAGUGCAUUGUAGAGCAUAAGGUGCAUGUAGCAUAAGGCAUGUAUGUCGUGCAUAUGGCAUAACCUGCACACAGCAUAAGGUGCAUACAGCAUAAGGUACAUAUAACUUGAGGUGCAUCUCAUUUGGCUGGAGUACAUGCAGGAUUUGGUUGGUGUGCGAGCAUGAGAAGAGAGAAGGGUGAGAGUGGAAGAGAAAUCGAGAGCGAUAGAGAGGGAGAAGAGGGAGAGGAACCGAUGGGCAAUGGUGGAGCAGAGUAAGGCAAAGCAUAGGAUAGAGUGGGUUUGAAUAGACAUUGCUUAGUGUAGCGUUUUGCUGCUUAGACAGUGAUGCUUGCUUGCCAUGGGCACGCUGUAUAGUCUGCACUGCUCUCUCGUGAAAUUGUGCACUGCUGUGCCUUGACUUCAUUACCGUCUCUGCUGACCACUU